AUGUUUUCACCGAUGUCUCGUGUAGUGGGGAAUGUAGGACAGUCGAACUACGCCGCCGCAAAUAUGUUUACGGCAAUCGAUAUCCCAGAGAAGAAGAGGUUAGCAAACAUAUCCGAGAAAUUGGAAGACGAGUUAGCUUUCUGGAGUCGGGUCCACCAAACCCCUGUCGAGCCUUUGCCCCUUUUCCCGUUCUCGAAUAUCAACAGCCGAGAACCCUUAAAGGCUUACGACAUUGAGACAUUCGAUAUCACGUUGGAUGAGGAGUUGGCUUCUCUUAUCCGCCAGAUGUCAUUCAAUGUCGGACGCAAGGUCGUCCUUCUUCAGACUCCCUACGGGUCCGAUAUUGUACUCACUCAGAUUUUCCAAGCCUUAGCUAACGGUGGCACCCUUAUUGUCGUGGGCCAGAAGAGUCCUGGCAAUCCAGUACAUAUUUCGCAGCUUUUGCUUAGGUAA